AUAUGUUUGAAGUCUACUCACUCACAGGCAUGGCUGCUCAUCUCAUCAUUCUUCUUCUCUUCAGUGUGCUCAAAGGACUUCACAGCAUAACUACAGUCAGUAAAGUAUCAGUGAAAGCUGGACAAUCGAUCUCCAUCCCAUGUCUCUAUGAGACCAAAUACCAAAACCAUGUGAAGUACUUGUGUGAAGGAUAUUAUUGGAUGUCCUGCAGAUAUGCAGUAAAAACAAAUGAAGCAGACCCUUCAGGAAAAUAUUCAAUCUCUGAUGACAAAAAACAGAACAUUUUUACUGUGACUAUAAACCAGCUGACAAAUAAAAACACUGAUUACUGGUGUGCAGUGGAGAUUAAUGGAGAGGUGGAUGAUGGAGUGCAUUUUAAACUUUCAGUUACCACUGGUACCACCAGUAUCUAUGUGAAUCAUCAGACAAUUACAGGAUAUAUUGGAGAAAGCAUAACUAUUAGAUGCCACCACAGUAACUCUGGAGAAAUGAGGUGGUGCAGGCUGGGCAGGAACUGUGUGACAGGAUCAUCUGGAUCCACAGAUGGAACAACAGUGACCACUCAUAUGAGAGACCCAUAUGUUUUCACAGUGACCAUGAGUGGAUUAAGAUUAAAGGACAGUGGCUGGUAUUGGUGUGCUGAAGGGGACAUUCAGAUACCAGUAUAUUUAAAUGUUACUGAGAAACUUCCACUUAAUACUAUCAUGAUCUCUACUACUAGUACUGACAGUAGAACUACUCAUGGAAGUGAAACCAUUAUCAAAAUGGAACAAUGGAACAAUUCUACAGUAGUAGAAAAUAAAGAAAACAGAGAUUCAUUUGUGCCAAGGAUCCUCAUCAUCCCUCUGAAUGUGUUGAUCUCAAUUGUAAUUGUGGUGUUGUUCAUCUGGUUUAUACUGAGACACAAGCAGAGGAAAGCAGACUCAUCAGUCACACCAAUGGCUGAAGAGGAAAUAAUAUACUCUGAUGUUAGACCCAAGAAAAGAAGUUUAGCCAAGGUGGACAAGGAAGUAACAUACUCUGACGUUAGACCUAAGGAAAAAAAUUCAGCCAAGAGGUCAUUUGCUGAAAGUGAAACGGAAAUCUUGUACAGUUCUGUUGUUACGAAACAGCGCAUGAAAAGGGGUGACGGAAAAGACACAGAAGUUACAUUAGAGCACAUUAGCUAAUCAGAAUUUAAAUAAUUAAAUAUUCAAACAUUUUGCAAUUGUAUCUAUUUUAUCUGUACCUAUGUUACUGGAGUCUUGUCAGAUAAGUGCAGUCUAAUCUGUUGUCAUCAGCUUUUUAUGUAGUAACUGUUUUCUUCUUCUUUUUGUUUUGUAACUGUUUUGUUGCAAACUUUAUUCCUGUGUAGCUGUAAAAUGGCUCAAAGAAGCAUCGACCUGUUUGUUUGCUCUUUUUCAAGAACAUUAAUAUGAUUCUUGGUUCUUGUAAUGAAGCA